CCACUAGACAACCUCUUUCUCUCUCCGGCAACUAAACAAUUUCCCAUUUAACUCGCAAACAAAUAUUCAUCACUCACCCAUUGCUCUGCCGUUUCAGUUGCAGACGCGAUCAAAUUUCCUUGGGUUUCUUCCUGCUGAUCAUGUAUAUAAGCGGUUCUACCGGCCUCCUCAGAGCAUCUAGGGCUUCCUCCCUCUCCUUUCUUGCUAGAAGAUCAUCGCCCACUCCCUCUUCUCCCUCCCUCUCUCCUUUCCUCCAUUCUCAAACCCUAAGCUUCUCUGCGACCGUUAAUGGCUUCUCGAACCCAUUGAGGACUUCUUCUCAGUGGUUUUCUAAGGCCUUUUACGAUUGGCGCUCGCCUGUUAGCUUGCGAGCUCAGAUCAGGAGCUCAGCUGCUGUGAUCGAACGGUUUCAGAGGAAGUUCUCCUCCAUGGCAUCUGAGAAUGCUUUUAAGGGCAUCUUGACUGGUCUUCCGAAGCCUGGGGGUGGUGAAUAUGGAAAGUACUACAGUUUGCCUGCUCUUAAUGACCGAAGGAUUGACAAGCUUCCCUACUCAAUCAGAAUUCUCCUUGAGUCUGCGAUUCGUAAUUGUGACAACUUCCAGGUCACAAAGGAUGAUGUUGAGAAGAUUAUUGAUUGGGAAAAUACUUCCCCAAAGCAAGUUGAGAUACCUUUCAAACCUGCUCGUGUUCUUCUUCAGGAUUUCACUGGUGUCCCUGCUGUGGUUGAUCUUGCUUGCAUGAGGGAUGCUAUGAACAAUCUUCGCAGUGAUGCUAACAAGAUUAAUCCUUUGGUGCCUGUGGAUCUAGUCAUUGACCAUUCAGUUCAGGUUGAUGUAGCAAGAUCAGAAAAUGCCGUGCAGGCCAAUAUGGAGCUGGAAUUCCAGCGGAAUAAGGAAAGAUUUGGUUUUCUCAAGUGGGGUUCUAAUGCUUUUCAUAACAUGCUUGUUGUCCCUCCAGGAUCUGGUAUCGUGCAUCAGGUAAACUUGGAGUACCUUGGUCGGGUUGUCUUCAACACCAAUGGUGUACUCUAUCCUGACAGUGUGGUUGGGACUGAUUCCCACACAACUAUGAUUGAUGGGCUAGGUGUAGCUGGUUGGGGGGUUGGAGGCAUUGAAGCAGAGGCUGCAAUGCUUGGUCAGCCCAUGAGCAUGGUACUGCCGGGUGUUGUUGGGUUUAAGUUAUCAGGGAGACUGCGCGAUGGUGUAACAGCUACUGAUUUGGUUUUGACUGUCACCCAAAUGCUGAGGAAGCAUGGUGUUGUUGGCAAGUUUGUUGAGUUUUAUGGUGAGGGAAUGGGCGAAUUGUCAUUGGCUGAUAGAGCCACUAUUGCCAAUAUGUCACCUGAAUAUGGAGCAACAAUGGGCUUCUUCCCUGUUGAUCAUGUAACUUUACAGUAUCUUAAAUUGACUGGGAGAAGUGAUGAAACUGUGUCUAUGAUAGAGGCAUACUUACGAGCAAACAAAAUGUUUGUUGACUACAAGGAGCCUCAAACAGAGCGAGUGUACUCGUCCUAUCUUCAGUUGGAUCUCGCAGAUGUUGAAACAUGUCUUUCGGGACCAAAACGACCGCAUGAUCGAGUUCCUCUGAAAGAAAUGAAAGCAGAUUGGCAUUCUUGUCUGGACAACAAGGUUGGAUUCAAGGGCUUUGCUGUACCCAAGGAAUCACAGGACAAGGUUGUAAAGUUUUCUUUCCAUGGGAAGCCUGCAGAGAUCAAGCAUGGGAGUGUUGUAAUAGCAGCUAUCACAAGUUGUACAAAUACCUCGAAUCCCAGUGUUAUGCUUGGAGCUGCUCUGUCUGCAAAAAAGGCCUGUGAGUUGGGUCUCGAGGUCAAACCAUGGAUUAAGACAAGCCUUGCACCAGGCUCUGGAGUCGUGACUAAAUAUUUGCUCCAGAGUGGAUUGCAGAAGUACCUAGACCAGCAAGGCUUCCAUAUUGUUGGCUAUGGCUGCACUACAUGUAUAGGAAAUUCUGGAGAACUUGAUGAGUCUGUUGCUUCGGCGAUUGCAGACAAUGACCUCGUUGCUUCAGCCGUGCUUUCUGGUAAUAGGAAUUUUGAAGGGCGAGUACAUCCUUUGACUCGAGCGAAUUAUCUUGCUUCACCUCCUCUUGUUGUUGCUUAUGCUCUUGCUGGGACGGUUGACAUCGAUUUUGAGGCUGAACCUAUUGGGACUGGAAAGGAUGGGAAUGAUGUUUACUUUAAGGAUAUCUGGCCAUCAAAGGACGAAGUAGCAGAGGUUGUGCAAUCAAGCGUUCUGCCAGACAUGUUUAAGAGCACAUAUGAGGCUAUCACAACGGGCAAUCCUAUGUGGAACCAGCUAUCGGUGCCAACAAGCACCCUCUAUUCAUGGGAUCCCAAGUCAACCUACAUCCAUGAACCUCCAUAUUUCAUGGGAAUGACAAUGUCACCCCCAGGCCCUCACAGUGUGAAAAAUGCCUACUGUUUGCUCAACUUCGGUGACAGCAUCACAACUGACCACAUUUCUCCCGCUGGUAGCAUUCACAAGGACAGCCCUGCUGCUAGGUACUUGCUUGAGAGAGGGGUGGAGCGCAAGGACUUCAACUCAUACGGAAGCCGCCGAGGCAAUGAUGAGGUCAUGGCGAGGGGUACAUUUGCCAAUAUACGCCUUGUCAACAAGCUCUUGAAGGGGGAGGUUGGCCCCAAGACGAUCCAUGUUCCAACAGGAGAGGAACUCUAUGUGUUUGAUGCAGCCAUGAGAUACAAGGAGGAUGGGCACGACACCAUUGUCCUGGCUGGAGCUGAAUAUGGUAGUGGAAGUUCUCGUGAUUGGGCUGCCAAGGGACCUAUGCUACUGGGUGUCAAGGCUGUGAUUGCCAAGAGCUUUGAGCGCAUCCAUCGAAGCAAUCUAGUGGGGAUGGGUAUUAUUCCAUUGUGCUUCAAAGCCGGAGAAGAUGCUGAUACAUUGGGAUUAACAGGUCACGAGCGGUACACCAUCAACUUGCCAAGCAACAUUAGCGAGAUAAGGCCUGGACAAGACAUUAGUGUUGUUACUGACAGUGGCAAAUCUUUCACCUGUACAGCUCGAUUUGAUACUGAGGUGGAGUUGGCUUACUUCAAUCAUGGUGGUAUCCUUCCCUUCGUUAUACGCAAUCUGAUCAACAGUGGUAACCAAUAAAGAAUGAAUUGGUUUCCGAUCAUCAUCAUUGUUAAAUAAGAGUCCCUGAUUUUUGAUAUCAUUCUUCGGUCCCUUUGAAAAUGAUGAGGUUUGUUUGAUUUCCGUGUUGUAUUGUAUCUAAUAAUGAUGAUUGGAGCCUAUGUUUCGGUGCUAGGAAUAAGAAAAUGGUCUCAAACUUCACUUUGCUUCUUUCUUUAUGAAGCAAAAACGGAAUGGGGCUCUUAGUGCUUGUUGACCUGCACUUGGAAAGUCUUGGAUAGGAUGGCGCGAGUCCUGUGCAGUAAAAUAUUGGGCUUCUAAUGCCCAUUAUCUUGCAUUCUCAUGAACAAGUGUGGGCAUUUCUUAAUGUCUAUUUGCUUUUUAGUGUCAUAACAUAGACCCGGUUCUA